CUGUUUUUCCCAACUGGGUUUCGCGCGCAGCGGCAGCGGAUACAAAAGCAAGCGAGCAGAGAAGCAGAACAACAAGCACAAGUCGCAACAGACACAACUGCGCGCGAGCACACAGACACCCUCCGCCAUACACAGCACACCUUCCCUCCCCCCUCUUCACACACACACACACACAUGCGUGCCAAGUUUCAUGAGAUCAGCUGGCACUUUAGCCGAGCGGAUGGGGUGCCAAAGCCAGUGUUUGCAGUGGACUUUGAUCCAACCAUCGGCAACAGUGAACACAGCAGCAGCAGCAGCGAGGAGGGCAACAGUGGCAGCGGCAGUGAGGGCAACAGCAGCAACACGGCUCAGAGAAGGGCAGCCGACACCGCAAGGAGAUGGCCCCUGGGCAGGGACUGCUAUCGGCUGGCAACAGCCGGCGGCGACAACACCGUGAAGGUGUGGAAGAUGGACUGCACUGACGCCAAGGACCCAAAGGUGUCCUUUCUGUCGGAGCUCAAGCACCAGGCGUCAGUCAACUGCGUGCGGUUCUCGCCCUCUGGGGCGCUACUGGCUGCGGCAGACGAUUCUGGCACCAUCAUCUUGUGGCGCCGGCCAGCGCCCACGCCCGCGCCCGCCCUGCACCCGCACGCCGUCGGUCCGAUGGCAACAGUGUUGGCAGCACCCGCGUCGACAGCAGCAGCAUCCUCGACGGCGGCAUCGUCGUCGUCAUCGUCGGGCGCCACUGGCGGCGCGGCGGAGAAGACGGGGAACCUGGAGGCUGACGAGGUGGAGAAUGUGGAAGAGUGGAAGUACGAGCGCCGCAUCACGGUGCACCGCGAUGACAUCUACGACUUGGCGUGGUCGAAGGACGGCCGCCUCCUGCUGUCGGGCUCCAUCGACAACACGGCGUGCCUCUUCAACGUGGCCACGGGCAAGCUGGUGCAGCAGUUUCGCGACCACAAGCAGUUUGUGCAGGGGGUGGCGUGGUGCCCGCGCGGCGACCAGCUGCUGACGAUGAGCUCCGACCGCACGUGCCGCGUGUAUGGGCUGUCGCGGCGCAAGAAGGCGCGAAACAUGUUCACGCCAACCUGCACACUCGCACACAUGGACACAGACCAGGCACGGCACGCAAAACAGAGCGGCGGCAGCAGCAGCAGCAGUGGAGGCAACAGUGGUGAUGCUGCUGGUGACGACAACAAGGAUGACAAGCAGCGGCCCAAACGGGAGCGGAUGUUUGUUGACGAGACGAAGACGCUGUACUUUCGCCGGCCGUCGUAUUCGCCCGAUGGCUCGCUCUUCAUCUGCCCCGCCGGCACAUACAGGGACACACACGGUCAGCCUCGGUUUGCUUCGUACGUCUUCCGCAGCAGCAUGCCAGCCCAGCCCGUGCUGCGGUUGCCUGCACGCAUGACAACGAUCUCCGUCCGCUUUUCGCCGCAGUUUUACGCCGCGCGCACACGCGAUGGGCAGCCGCUCACAGGCAUCUUUGCAGGCCUGCGGCACCGGAUGGUGUAUGCUGUGGUGACGAAGCGUGCUGUGCUGGUGUACGACACGCACCAGGCCGCCCCGCUCGCCGUCGUCGCAGGGACACACAAGGCCGCGCUCACAGACGCAGCGUGGUCGCGUGACGGACGGGUGCUGGUUGUGUCGUCUGAGGACGGGUAUUGCAGUAGCGUGCACUUUGGCAGCGGGGAGCUCGGGACACCCAUUGCAUCCCCGCCGCUCGCUGGUGGUGACGGGGACACCAAGGCAGACAAGGGGAAGGACAAGCAGGCGAAGGCGGAGGUUGAGGCGACGAAGGCAGUGGAGGGUGCAGGCAAGGGUGGUGGCGUUGACAGUGCUGGUGCUGACCAAGCGAGGAAGGACAAGCAGUCUGGUGCAACGGACAACGCAGUGGCAGCAUCAGUAGCAUCAUCAUCGUCAUCGUCAUCGUCGUCGUCAUCGUCGUCACUGCAACAGCAGCAACAGGGUGGUGGUGCUGUGACGGUAUUGAAACCGCGAAAGAAGCAGAAGGCGCGAAUCACGCCAACAGCGGCGAAACAACCCGACACUUCCACUUCCAAUGUCACUUCCAAUGUCAUUGUCAAUGCAAGCGCCACUGACAGGCGCAGUAGCGGUGGCGGAGACAGCAGCAGUACGAAGGAUGACAGCACCACAAGCAGCAGCAGCAGCAGCAGCGGUAGUGGUGGUGUGAGUGGUGGACGUGGUGUUGGUGCAGAGAAGCGACAAGGGAGUGCGGACGACAAGACGGAGGAACCGGGACAGACAGGCGCGUCACCAUCAGCACAGCAGAAGAAGCAGCGCCGUCGCAUCAUCCCGCUCGGGCUGGCAACACCCCCACACUCCAAACCAUCACAACCAUCGUCAUCAUCAUCAACAGCAGCAGGUGCCACCACCGGCAUUGCCGCCGGCAGCGCGAGUACCACGACUGCCUCGGGCUCGUCGUCGCAGGACGGAUUUGCCACUCGCCACCCGCCCAUCAUCACCAACACGGCGUCCCAGCCAGCCGACAUUGGUGAGGCCCCCAUGACGCGCGCUGUCUGCUUCAUCUCACACGAACACGCGUGUGUUUGCUGCUGCCCGGGCGACGCAUGA